UGAGUUCUCCCUUUAAAUAAAAAACAAGCAUUCAACACGACAGAGCACAGCACGUAUUGCCUCUCACACCUGUAACCCUUAUUUCUCCUCGAUAUUACCCCCCCACUCUCUCCCCCUCCGGCGAUCAACUCGUAUCUUAGUUAAUUUUCUCACCGGAACCAGCAAUUUUGACUUCUCACUUCUCCGGUAUCUAAUUUUAAAUCACGCGAUUCAACCGGUCCAUUGACAGCACAAAUCAUCAAAUCAUGAAUCCUGAAUACGACUAUUUGUUUAAGCUUUUGCUUAUUGGAGAUUCUGGUGUUGGAAAAUCAUGUCUACUUUUGAGGUUUGCUGAUGAUUCAUAUCUGGAGAGUUACAUCAGUACCAUCGGAGUGGACUUUAAAAUCCGCACUGUGGAACAGGAUGGGAAAACCAUUAAACUACAAAUUUGGGACACAGCUGGUCAAGAGCGUUUUAGGACAAUCACAAGCAGUUAUUAUCGUGGAGCUCAUGGAAUCAUUGUUGUGUACGAUGUCACAGACCAAGAGAGCUUCAACAAUGUUAAACAAUGGCUGAAUGAAAUUGACCGUUAUGCAAGUGAAAAUGUGAACAAGCUUCUAGUUGGGAACAAGUGCGACCUCACUGCUAACAAAGUCGUCUCGUAUGAGACAGCAAAGGCUUUUGCUGAUGAAAUUGGGAUCCCUUUCAUGGAGACAAGUGCAAAAAAUGCCACUAAUGUUGAGCAGGCUUUCAUGGCUAUGGCUGCAGAGAUCAAGAACAGGAUGGCAAGCCAGCCGGCCAUGAACAACGCAAGGCCCCCAACAGUGCAGAUUCGAGGACAGCCUGUCAACCAGAAGUCUGGUUGCUGCUCCUCUUAGAAGAGAGUCGAAGUUGGCUUGUGAUGUUAUAACCAUGUUGGCAUGUAAACCUAGUUCGUCUAUUCUCAAAGCUUUGAUAUGAAGAUUAUUUGUUAUGAUUUGCAUUUCUGUCAGAUGUUUAACACUUAUGUUAAAACUUCCAUUCUUUUAAAUGUAUUUGAUUUUAAAAACAUCUGUACAAAAUAGGAAUACUGGUUAAUAGCAGUAUUUGCCUUGUCAUUUCCUUAUAA